CAGAAUUACAGUUCCGUCUAUAUCACCCCUUCACCGUAUAGAGCAGGAUGUUGUUGUUUAUAAAUUAAUAACCAUUCAUAAACUUUGAUUCUUUGAGCGUGUUCUUAACGAAUUUAUAAUUGGAUCUAAAUUAAAAAAAUGGAAAUUAGGAUAAAGUAUGCCGUUUUAUAGGCAUUUUGUAUAACGAUAAAAAAUAUAUUAAAUAGUUUUAUUACAUAAAUUUUGUAGAAUAUGUGAUACAUGAAGACAAUUACAAAAUUAUUAAUUCCUAAGUGACGAAUUCUUUUAUCUCACAGAUUAUAUAAAAAGCGUCACUACCAUUUCAUAUCAGGGGCAUGUAUCUCAACUCUUAUGUAUUCAGAAUACUCAGUCCCCUUGUGGUUGCAAACAAUUCAAAAAAUCAUUUUUUCCGCCUUCUGGACCACUGUAUGGCCCAUCCCUAGUUGAUGUUUUAUUAUCAGUUGAAGGUUUCAUUUUAAGAUAGCUUCAUCUAAAUUUGUUUUAAGUAAAAGUGUUUUUUUUUUCAUUCCUAUUAACUUAUUAACGUGUGACCCAAGAAAUAGUGCUUAAAAUAAAAGUUCAUAAUUAUUAUUAUAUUACUAAGAUUUCAGGAUGUCUAUCUUAUGUAAAAUUCCAAGAAAUUACACUUCAUGUUCAGUGUCAUUGUUGAACUAUUUAUCUGCAGACAUUAAGAAAGCACAUCUUUCAUCAUCUAGUGAAGUUCCGUUUAGUGUGGAUGAUGCUUUGAACUUGGAAUCACUUUUAACUGAAGAUGAAAUACUGCUGAAAAACUCAUUCCGUUCUUAUUGCCAACAGAAAUUGAUGCCUCGUAUAAUGGAAGCAAACCGAAAAGAAGUUUUUGAUAAAUCAAUAAUGGUUGAAAUGGGAAAGCUUGGUGCUCUUGGUUGCAAUUUAAAUGGUUAUGGAUGCAUAGGUGCGUCGACCACAGCUUAUGGUUUGCUAGCAAGAGAAGUCGAACGUAUAGAUAGUGCUUAUCGAUCUGCCUUCAGUGUCCAAUCAUCUUUGGUUAUGUAUCCAAUACAUACUUAUGGAAGUGAAGAUCAGAAAAAAAAAUAUCUGCAAUCACUAGCUGCUGGAACCACCAUAGGUUGCUUUGGACUAACAGAACCAAAUUUUGGAAGUGAUGCUGGUGGAAUGCAAACUAAUUCUAAACUUGCAGAAAAAGACAAAGGUCAUAUUCUUAAUGGCACUAAAACCUGGAUCACUAAUGCUCCUAUUGCUGACAUAUUUAUUGUUUGGGCUAGAAGUUUAGAUGAUAAGAGGGUCCGUGGUUUUAUUCUUGAAAGAGGCAUGGAAGGCUUAAGUACAACAAAAAUAAGUGGUAAAUUUUCCUUAAGAGCCUCUGAUACAGGAAUGAUCCAUAUGGACAAUGUUUUUGUACCUGAAACACAUGUUCUACCUAAUGCUUUAGGCAUGUCUGCUCCAUUUAGUUGCCUCACAUCUGCAAGGUUAGGUAUUGCUUGGGGAGCUAUUGGAGCAGCAGAGUUUUGUUUUGAAACUGCAAGAAGAUAUGCAAUGGAUCGACCACAAUUUAAAAAACCUCUUGCGGCAAACCAGUUAAUUCAGAAGAAACUAGCUGAUAUGCUUACUGAGAUUUCACUUGCUUUAAUAUCUUGUCUUCAUGUGUCACGACUAAAAGACAAAAAUUUAUUGAAUUCACAAAUGGUUUCAAUGCUGAAACGGAAUUCCUGUGGUAAAGCUCUGGAUAUUGCUAGGGCUAGUCGUGAUAUUUUAGGUGCCAAUGGAAUAAGUGAUGAGUAUAAUGUGAUUCGUCAUGUUAUGAAUUUAGAAGCAGUUAAUACAUAUGAAGGUACUCAUGACAUUCAUGCCCUUAUUUUGGGAAGAGCUAUUACUGGACUGAAUGCAUUUUAAUUCUAGAUAAAUGUACUAUUUUUGUUAGUUUUAGAUUGUAUCUGUUAACAAUUUUCUGUUUUUGUUAAAAUAUUAUUUUUGUUGCUGAGUCAAUUGAAUAUAUUUUUGAUAAAAAAAUAAUAUAAUAUAUGAAAAGUAUUAUGAGUAUUCUUAUAUUGAUCAAGUAUUAUUUGAUUAUUGUCAUUGUAAUAACCUGAAAUUUUUUUAUUGUAGUACAGUGUGUAUACUCAUAUAUAUUGUGUUAUAUACUCCACAUCCAGAGCUAAAGUAGACCAGACCUUGGCAAAAAGUUUUUUAAUUAUAGAUUUAAAACACCAACCUUAUUUUAAAUAUUUUGUUGAACAUAACACAAAUAAACCUACUCAAAUUAGUGAUUUGUGCCUCAUGAUGUAGUAAAAUUUCAAAUUUCUUUAAUAUCAGCAUCUACUAAUAUAUGUUGUAGGGGAGAGGGAUUUUAUUAAAGUACUAUCUGGAUAUGAGAUUGCGGAUUCACUCAUAAAGUUUUUUUAAUCUCUUCGAUAUAAGAGUCCAUUCUUUUAUAGUCUGUGGCACAGGCACAUCUACG